GAUGAGGGCGUUUUGGGUUAUCGUUUUGUUUUUCUUGAACAAUAAUUAAUAUUUAAUCAUUUUCAAGAGAAAUUAAUGCAUAUAUAGGUUUUGUAUGUUCAUCUAGUGUGCGUAUGGUAAAGAUAAACUUUAAAGCAGUCCCUGAAAGUUUAAUGACAUGUAUAACUUGUAUGUGGUCUGACCGUCACUUUUAUAUCUAAAAACUAGACAGCAAAAUCCGAUUUCACCAUAUUUUAAAACUUACUGAUUGUAAGUACAAGGGCUACUUCCAUAUUUCAAUAUUUCAAAAAGAACAGGACAUUCGCCAUGCUGACCAGACUUCAGUCUGUGGCCAUCAUUGUGUGCCUUGUCUACGUGCCUCAAUUGGCAUCCGCCCACUCUAGGAGACUAGCGCUAAACAAAAGAAACUUAACUUCAACAAACAUAGAUUCAUUGAGGCGAUUGAGUAUUUCAAUGCAGCCCUUAGAAACCAGAAUCGCACUUUACGAUGGUAUCGUCUUGUCCUGUCAGGUGACUGGGAGACCAAACCCAACAAUUCACUGGUUGAAGAAUGGAGAAAGAGUGCAACAGGGUACUUCCCUCGACGUCCAGGGUGAUGCCGCCUUUGAGAAUGCCGCAGGUAACGAUCAGUCUAGACUCCAACUAGCCAUAGUUAAGUCAAAGCUGUAUAUCGACUGUAUUACCGAGGAGACUGAAUACACCUGCGUUGGUGAGACUCCUUUGGCCAGAGUGAACCAAUCACAAAGAGUUUUUAUAGACCCACUGCCAGGAAGUUCGCGUCACGAGUGUUCCCAACCCAAUGAUGAAAAACCCGCCAGAAUUUACAUGACAACAGAGACACAAAUGGAUUAUGAUGGUGACACUGCCCAACUGUAUUGUCGUGCAGAGGGAAAGCCUACACCCACUAUUACAUGGUACAGCUCUAACAAUCAAUCAAUCACCAUCGUUGGUGGCUACAGGAUUGCCAAUAAUGGUGACCUCAUUAUCCUGAAUCCAACCUGGAAAAAUCAUUUGGAUAGGUUCACGUGUAAGGCAGACAAUGGUGUUGGCUCAGAUACUGCCCAAUCAUUCUUCUACCCUACUCGCAGAGAUUAAAGACAAGUUGAUCAUUUUGAGAACGAUUACUUCCUAUUGAACAGUCUCAACGAUUACUGUUAUAAGAUCAUUGUACUGUUUAGUUUAUUAAAAGAAAACAAAAUUUA